AUGCCCGCCUCCGCUCACGACAAGUUGGCCGAGACCAAGUGCCAAGAGAAGUACAAAGCUACCAUUCUCACUCACGCCAAGGCCGUCUUUGUCGAAGGUCUCACCAAGGACACCGAUCUUGACGUCGUUACCGGCACUGUCAAGGGCUAUACCGCAGCUUGGGUUGUCGCCUACGUCAAGAAGAACGAUGGAAAUGGUGGUCUGCGUCUGAUCACUCUGCUCCAGAGUUUGGGAAAUCCAAACGUUGAAGAGUCAUAUCAGGCGUUGAUCAUUGCCUUGCGCAGCAAGAUGAGUGAUGCCAUCAACAGCUCAGACUUCUCCGGUAUGGAGGACGUAAACAACUGGAUCAUCUAG